AUGGACGAGGACGACGAGCACAUCGCCAUCGACGACGACGAGGUCAUGGAGGAGGAGGACGACUUCGACGACAAGGGCAGCGGCGGCCAGGCCGACGGCAAGGGCGGCUCUGGCAGCGGCGGCUCGGGGAGCGGCUCCAGCAACAGCCUCAAGGCCAGGAAGAAGAAGACGAGGACCGUGUUCUCGCGGUCGCAGGUCUUCCAGCUCGAGUCCACCUUCGACAUGAAGCGCUACUUGUCCUCGUCGGAGCGCGCGGGGCUGGCCGCCUCGCUGCACCUCACCGAGACGCAGGUCAAGAUCUGGUUCCAGAACCGUCGCAACAAGUGGAAGAGGCAGCUGGCCGCCGAGCUGGAGGCCGCCAACAUGGCCAACAUGGCUAACAUGGCCAACAUGGCGUCCGCGCACGCCGCGGCCGCCGCCGCGCAGCGCAUUGUCCGCGUGCCCAUCCUGUACCACGAGUCCUCGCCCUCACACGGUGAGUCGCCGCGCCAUUUUCAAACAGGCCUCGCCAGCCAACCUCAAAGACUAACGCUCGCGUCCUUUCUCUGUUCAGCAGGCAGCCAGACGGGGCACCCCCCGCCCCCACACCUCCCCCACCCCCACCCCCUGGCCCCGCUGGGGUACCACCGCCUGGUUGACGCCGAGCCGUCGUCGGGGGGCCCACCCGGACUGACUCACCCCGCGGGCCACCCCGGCCACCCGGGCCACCCCGCGCCGCCCGCGUACCAGGGCUCGCUGUUCUACCAGCCGCAGCCGCCGCAGCCCCCCAAGAGCCUGCCCAGCCCCACGCCCGUGUACGCCAAGGUGCCCGCCGUGGCCGCCGUGCCCGCCUCCCCCGCGGACUGA